AUGGCUUCUCACCAGCAGCACCCUUUUGCUGCUGCACAGGUGGCCGAGAAAGUCAUGAGGAGGGUCGAAAUUGCAAAGGUUGCUCGAAAUCUUCAAGACUGUCUAGCCUUUGCAAGCUUCAAGGCCCAGAAUGGCUGGCAAGAUCGAACCCUCUCUACCAUCGAGCCCGAGUUCACCGAAAAGCUCAAGAGAAAGAGACCGUUCCUUGACGAUGACCUCCCCUCUGAUGGCUCGUCUACAUCCGACGACGAUUUUGUCUCCACCUCCUCCAUGGGAAACAAUCGAUUCUCAAAACUUGCAAAUGCCACCUUCAAGGUCCCUGAGCACCCCUUUGGUUCGAGGAAGAGAGUCCGAGCCAAUUCCAUUGGUCUAGAAAGACCUUCCGAGACCGUGACCUGGAAGCAAAACCAUCGUCUCUCACAUUCCUCACCCGUGCUGGGCCGGUCACAGUCCUUCCAAGAUCAUGGAAUGUUCCAAGCGGACACGCCGACUCUUCCUCGUUCGACACAUGACGACUCUCCUAUGUUUGACGUUCACUCAGACGACGAUGAUCAUGACCUGCCCAUGCCUUCUUUUGCCCACGAACCGUCCAGCAGUAUUCUAUCUUCUUCACCACCACGAACACCACCACCGACCAAGCGUCUUCUCAAUGUUCAUCCUAAACAAGCUGGAGCUGACCUGCUCCUAUACCUUGCCAAUUCACCUUCACGUUCACCAGCGGUCAAUCUUCACCACUCUCUCCUCGAUACCCCUUCUACUCCCCCAGCCCAGCACACACACCUACCCUCUUCGGUCAUGACCACACCUGGUGCUAGUCUGGGAUUGUUCAAUGGAGCUUUACAAACCCCUGGCCAGAACUUCAACCUUGCCGAUUUUUGCAAUGUGACCCCUUCUCCCGGCCCUGCUCAAUGGGGGGGACGAACACCACUCGCAAAGACUCCGAGUCGAUUUGCACGAAGAUCUCUCAACUUUGAUACACUGCAACCACCAUCUGGUAGCCCAACACUGCAACGCAAAGGCUCUACCAAUCACGGCCUUGCCCUGGAAUUAGGCGAAGAACUUAUCCCAAGAUCAUGA